CAGGAUGUGAAACAUUUUCAUUGAUCACCAUAUUAUUGACGAUUAUUGGUUCUGGUCUGUUUGUAAUGUAAAAUGAAUGGAACGAAAUGACAGAAUCUCAUCAUGAAGAUUCAGGAGCAUUUUGAUUAACAAUAACAUACUGUUAUUUAUAGUAAUAUCUUAUUAUCUUUAUUAUUAUUAUUAUUAUUAUUAUCAUUCCUGACAGAAACACACACACGCUUCUCACGCGCUCAUUCAGCUGCCAAACCUUUUUUUCCUCCUCUGUCAUAAUUUCAUAGAUUCAGUUUUUUCUCUCUGGAACAAAGUGAAUCUAAAAACAGGAACUUUUCUCACGUGGAUUCGGUUCUGACUGAACCGGGUCCCUGUAAUCUAUUACCUGAGCGGAGCAGCGCGGCCGCUUCCACCUGAGCGCGAGUCUGAGCGCGUCACACUCAGAGAGGCGAGUCCGCUGAGACUCACACCGGGACGGAGACGUUGUCCCCCCGCGGAGGCGCCAAACUUUACCCGGAUUUAUUAUCACCGCUGCUCGUUCAUUAUUAUGGGUUGUCUGUUUUUUUAAAAUCUCGAUUAUUAUUUUAAUUUCUGAGGAGAAAAGUUCUUUUCUGGGAUUUGAUCCGCGCCUCGUGCGUCGGGAAUCAGGAGCAAACAGGAUUUUCAUUGAAUAAAGUCACAUUUUUUCUUCCUGUUCUUCCUUCGCUGAGACCAGAGGAUGGUGCGUGUGUCCGGGGCAGCUGAGCAGCGGAGGGUCGGUCUCAGAUCUGGAUGUUAAUCUGUUCUCUCUGUGUGGAGACGAUGGGAAACACGACGUGGAGUAAUUUCACCCAAGUGCUGUCGGAGCUGGACGGGACGGGCGGCGAGGAAGAGGAGGAGGACGGCGGGAGCGGCGAUGGUGGUGGAGGUGAUGGAGGUGAUGGAGGGAGCGGCGGGCUGCGCGUCCUCGUCGGCUGCUUCCUCUUCCUCCUCAUCGUGUCCACGCUGCUCGGGAACACGCUGGUGUGCGCCGCCGUGGUCAAGUUCCGGCACCUGCGCUCCAAAGUCACCAACUUCUUCGUCAUCUCUCUGGCCGUGUCCGACCUGUUCGUGGCCGUGCUCGUGAUGCCCUGGGAGGCCAUCACCGAGGUGACGGGCACGUGGCUGUUCGGACGGUUUUGUGGCGUGUGGAUCGCCUUCGACAUCAUGUGCUCCACCGCGUCCAUCCUCAACCUGUGCAUCAUCAGCAUGGACCGCUACUGGGCCAUCGCCAGCCCCUUCAAGUACGAGCGGAAAAUGACUCACCGGGUGGCGUUUGUCAUGAUCGGGGUGGCGUGGACGCUGUCCAUCCUCAUCUCCUUCAUCCCAGUGCAGCUCAACUGGCACCGGGCUGGGGAGGAGGAGGAAUCGGAGGAGGAGAUGAUGGCGGAGGCGUUGGCGAUGAUGGUCGCCGGCGGCAGGAACUUCACUAACAGCAGCAACAUCAGCGCCGGCGCCAAGAGCUGCGUCGCCAACUUAAACAAAACCUACGCCAUAUCCUCGUCCCUCAUCAGCUUCUACAUCCCCGUGGUGAUCAUGAUCGCCACCUACACCCGGAUCUACCGGAUCGCUCAGACCCAAAUCCGCCGGAUCACGUCUUUGGAGAGGGCGGCGGAGCAAGCGCAGAACCAAGGCCACGGCGUGAACCGGAACCAGCAGCAGCAGCACCGGUCCAAUGACGAAGCCUCGUUAAAGUCGUCGUUUAAAAAGGAAACCAAAGUCCUGAAAACGCUCUCCAUCAUCAUGGGGGUGUUCGUCUUCUGCUGGCUGCCGUUCUUCGUCCUCAACUGCACCGUGCCCUUCUGUGACCCGCCCUGCGUCAGCGACACCACCUUCACCGUCUUCGUUUGGUUCGGCUGGGCCAACUCAUCCCUCAACCCUGUCAUCUACGCCUUCAACGCCGACUUCCGCCGCGCCUUCACCACCAUCCUCGGUUGCAACAGAAUCUGCUCGAACAACGUGGUGGAGGCCGUGAACUUCAGCAACGAGCUCGUCUCUUACCACCACGACACGACGCUCCACAAGGAGGCGUUGGUCCCCGCGCAGCCGCAGCAACACCCGCGCACCAUCGACAUCGGUUCGGACCACAUGGACGACAUGAGCGCGCAGUUUGACGAGGAGUCGCUCAUCUCUAACGGUUCUCAGAGCCACAACCGACUGCUGCUGCUUCCUGCCACCGUCCAGUUCGAGGACAACCCCGAGAUCUCCUUGGAAACCAUCACGCCGUUCACCUCAGUGGCGGGGCUGGAGAGUGAUGCGCUGAUACCUGGACAGGUGCACCAAGAUGAAUAAUUGGGCUGUAGAUAAAACGCCAAUUCAUUCCAUUUCUUCCAUGUGACUGUUGGACUGUUUGGUUUCAUUUAUGUGUUUGAAAUGGAAUGAGAUUUAGUAAUUAGACCUACCUGACACACAACGGUUGGACAUUAAUUAAAUGAAUUAACUAAUUUAUUUAUUACACUGAUUUUUUGUACUGUAAGUGGAUGUUAAAUAUGGCGUCUGAACCUUUCCUCAAAAUAAUGAAUUGACGAAUCGAGACAACGAGUCGUCCAACCGGAGCGAACGUUAUCAGUAGGUUGUCCCUGCCCUGGGUUACCUGGAUAAUAAACAUGAAUGUAAGGUUGUGGAUACAACAAAAAACAAAGACUGUAUCAAGAGGAAACAGACGUCUCCUGUAUCAUCCAUCCUCCCAAGCCCAACAGUAAAAGUUAACCGUGGGUUGUAAUAAGCUUCUUGCACAGACAACCUACAGACUCCUUUGUUUUGUUUUUUUUACAGGAAGGUUUCCUCAAGGUGAAGUUAGUAGGUAAGAUCGAUCUUUGAAACAAAUGACAAGUGUUUCAGCUGCUGCCUCUGAAGGACGUGUCCGCUGAAGGUCGAGUGUGAGGAGUGGAACGAGCCUUGUCGAGCUGUGAUUAAGUGUUUGGUGUUGAAAUGCAGAGUUUGAAGAGGGAGAAGUCUGAAAUGAGACGGAGCUGCCGAGAUAUUUUUAAAAAAACCAACUCUCUCCUUUUGUGUGAGCUGAGAUCAACUCCUUUAAAUGUCUCAGUCGGUGGAGCG